UUCUACGUACCAUAAACAUAAUCCUAUUUUAAUCCUACAUAAUAUUAAUACCUUGUAUAUUGUUAUUCGUUCGAAAGGAAAAAAAAAAGCUUAAUAUAUUUAUAAAACAAAACAAAAAAAAAAGAAAAGAGAAAUGCUCCCUGUCAAGAAACGUCAUUAAUGAAUGAUAAAUAUUAAUAAUAUCAGUAUUUAAUGAUAUCUACAUAAAAUCUAAUCGAUAUUAAAACAUCACUCGAUAAAAGUAUUGAUCAAAUGUUUAUAAUAAAAAAAUGAUUCAUAAAAAUUGGAAUUAUUGUAAGGAUUUGUUCGAUGAUAGAAAUUAUGAGGAACUUUUUAAAAGGGAUCAUAUCGAUGAGAUAUAUAAAAGGAGUUUGUUUACGAGGGAUAAAAUGAAAAAUCUUACACAAGCAGAAUUGCACAAUGUUAAAAAGAUUCGUAAAGAUUUAAAGGCCAUGUUACCGAUGAUACCAUUUUCUGAAGUUAAACGAUUUCAUUUAAAACACAAUGAAGCAGUUAUCGAUGAACUUAAGGAAGAAGGUUUGGAAGAAGCAGCUGAUUUUAUUAAAAAAUUAAUUGAUUUCAAUGAAGAAAAAAGAAAUAUUGCUGGCCCUGGUACAUCGAUCUGGACAAAGCCGCGAUUGAUGGAUCAACGAGAUCUAUUAAAUAAUCUUAAAGAAGCUUUAAUAGCAAUUGAAAAUGCUAAGAAAAUGGGUAAUAUUUUAAUAAUAUUCGUUCUAAACAAUACAAAAAGCAAAGCGUGCUUUUCUUUUUUUAAAUAUCCAAGGGAAACUUAUUUUCUUUUUGCAGAACAGUGGACUGAAGCAUCCAAUUGUUGGAUAAAAAUAUCAUUAUUUUUUCAAUCGAAAGGUCCAGAUUGGUGGUGGGUAACAAAAACACUUUAUCAAAAUGCCUUGAAAGCAGCUGAGUCUGUUAAAGAGGAUAAGGGAUACAAUAUUACUGUGGCACGAUAUCUUUAUGGAAGAUUUCUUUUCAUGAUAGGUUACUAUGGAAUAUUCUAUUUGUUAAACGAUAAUAAAAAGGAAAUCAUCAUUAAAAUUUCACUGGCUAUUCUUGUAACAAUAGAAACUGAAUGGCUCAAAGCGCUCGAGUACUUGGAUAUCGCGCGAGAAGCUUCAGAAGAAAAGAUAUGGAAAGUUACUUAUAUUUUAGACGAGAAACAAAAAACUAUUUUUAAAGAAUCUUGCGCUCUUAUAUAUAAAAUACUUAUUGAUCUUGUUCAAAGAAUUGAUGAAGAAGAUUCGGAGUUUCCUAUACAAGCUUGCAAUGAAGCUUUAGAAAGAGCCAAAGAUAGCAAGUGUUUCUUUCUUAUAAUGUUUUCUAAUAAAAAUAAUUAUUUUAUACAAAUAAUUAUUAUAUGUUUCAAGCUAGCUGGUAAUUAUGAUUACAUAGCUAAUGCAUUAUAUGAGUUAGGAAGGGCACAUUUACGUUAUGGCUAUGUAAAAGAAGCUUUGCAAGAAUUUUCUAAAUUACUUGCGAUAGUUAAAAGAAUACCAGAUCCAAAAGGAAUUUGUAAUGCACACAUGGAAUUAGCCUUUGCUUAUAAGGAAAUUGAUGAUACUGAAAAUACAGAAAAACAUCUACAAUUAUUUAGAGAAAAUGCUACCCAAUUUAAUUUACCAUAUAAACUUGCACAAGCGCAUUAUUAUACUGGCGAAUAUUUAUUAAAUCAGAUGAAACCAAAUUUGGCAACGUCACAUUUGGAAAAAGCAUUUAGUUUAUAUUAUGAUCUUGGAUAUAUUGAGGAAGCAGAUCAAGCAAGAUUUAUCACUGGAAUAUCAAGGGGACAAGAGCAAAUUAAUCGAUUUAUAAAUUUGAUAUUAGAAUGCGGAGAACAUAAUCAAUAUGCUUUGUUAAAAAUGUGUAAUUGGAAAAGCAACAGAGAUAUUUUUUGGACCGAUAAGCAACGCGAUAUUGAUACAGAUUAUCCUUAUGAAUAUUGUGAAUAUUUUACAUAUCCAGUACCGUCAAUUUUAAAUAAUUCGACAAAAGAAAAUUUAGAAAGUCAAUAGUAUGAGUAUCUCUUAAAAAUUGUGUCUUAUAUAUAUUAACCAUCUUAAUACUUGUAAUUUAAUAAAGAAUGUACUCUCUCUCUCUCUCUCUCUCUCUCUC